GACUAUACUUCACCGUUAAGCAGAAGAGUGCGCCAGUAUUAUGCGGCAAGUUUCGUCUCUUUCGAGUGACACACGAAUAAUAAAAAAAAGACAAGUGUGUCUUUCCUCGGCGUUGAUCCUCCUUCAAGAGACCGAGAUCAAUACCGUUGCCUCGGAGCUUUGGAGUAGAAAACAGCGGCCGCGACGGAGCAGCUUGGACGGGAAUCCGUUCAGUCGUAAAUGGAUCCAGAGAUGACCGACGACCAGGGGAUAGCAUCUAGUUUUGGGGGGUUUCUGCCUUCUUUUCCCCCGUAAAUGUAUGAUCGGAAAGGAGCGGAGUGAGUUUUAUCGCUGAUGUAAACUUCAUCCUCGGUCAGAAAUGGGAAGAGAGCUGGCAUUCUCUGAUACUUCUCUGUCUCUUCCGUGGCAGGUAUCAACACAGUUUAAUCGAAGGAGCAGCUCUAGACGAUUUCUUCUUCUAGCCUAUCAGAGUUUUGGAGUAGUGUAUGGUGACUUGGCUACCUCUCCUAUCUAUGUAUAUACAAAUUCAUUUUUGGGAAGGUUAAACGAUCAUAGAGAUGAGGAGACAGUAUUGGGUGUAUUUUCAUUGAUUUUCUGGACAUUCACCCUAAUUCCGUUAAUUAAAUAUGCUAUCAUAGUCUUGGGUGCUGAUGAUAAUGGUGAAGGUGGUCCUUUUGCUUUGUACUCCUUGCUCUGCAGACAUGCAAAGAUUAGUUUACUUCCUAACCAGCAAGCAGUUGAUGAGGAGCUUUCAACAUACUAUAGGACUGGAUACAUUCCUCAGAAUAGUAUUUAUUCCCCCCUAAAAAGGUUUUUGGAAAAUCAUAGAAACUUACACACAUGUUUACUUGUCAGCGUUCUUUUUGGUGCAUGCAUGGUGAUAGGAGAUGGGGUUCUAACACCAGCAAUUUCUGUUCUGUCAUCAAUUUCUGGUUUGCAAGUUAAAGCCGAGGAAUUACUUGAUGGUGAGGUGGUAUUCAUUUCUUGCAUUGUGCUGGUUAGCCUUUUUGCCUUGCAGCACAAGGGAACCCAGAGGGUAGCCUUCUUAUUUGCACCUAUCGUCUUCCUUUGGCUCACAUCCAUAGCUGUUAUUGGCUUAUAUAAUACCUUUUAUUGGAACACUAGAAUAUUAUAUGCUCUUUCUCCACAUUAUAUCGUCAAGUUUUUCCAGAGCACUGGGAUAGAUGGUUGGAUUUCCCUUGGAGGAAUAGUUCUUUCAGUUACAGGUACUGAAGCUAUGUUCGCAGAUCUUGGUCACUUCAAUACUGCAUCUGUUAGGGUUGCCUUUCUCUUUGUCAUAUAUCCAUGUUUAAUGUUGCAAUACAUGGGGCAGGCAGCUUUUCUUUCUAAAAAUAUUUCUGAUGUAACUUACAGCUUUUUUGAAUCUAUACCAGAACUAGUUUAUUGGCCUGUUUUUGUUCUCUCCACUCUCGCUGCUAUAGUUGCUAGUCAAUCGGUUAUCACUGCCACUUUCUCCAUUGUGAAACAGUGCCAUUCAUUGGGGUGCUUUCCUCGUGUCAAAAUUGUACACACGUCAAAGUGGAUCCGUGGCCAAGUAUACAUACCUGAAAUCAAUUGGAUCCUUAUGGUUCUUUGUCUCGCUGUGACACUCGGCCUUCGCGAUACAACUGCUAUAGGAAAUGCUUAUGGUGUAGCAAUUGUCACUGUCAUGUUUGUGACCACAUUGUUGAUGACUUUGGUGAUUAUUUUUGUGUGGCGAAAGAGAGUGAUAUUUGCACUAUUCUUUCUUGCUUUCUUUGGGCUUAUUGAGGCUGCCUAUCUAUCCUCUUCGCUCGUCAAGAUUCGGCAGGGAGGAUGGGUGUCUUUUGUUCUCUCCUCUGUCUUUAUGGUAGUUAUGUAUGUGUGGCACUACGGCACUUGCAAGAAAUAUCUCUUCGACCUACAGAACAAGGUGCCGAUGAAAUGGAUUCUCACACUCGGUCCUAGCCUUGGUAUUGUCCGUGUACCGGGAAUUGGACUCAUUUACACCCAGCUGGUUACAGAUGUACCUCCCAUCUUCUCCCAUUUCGUGACCAACCUUCCUGCUUUCCAUCAGGUUCUUGUAUUUGUUUCUAUCAAAUCAGUACCCAUUCCAUAUGUUCCACCGGGCGAACGCCACCUCAUUGGACGCAUCGGCCCCAGAAUGUACAAAAUGUACAGGUGCAUCAUAAGAUAUGGUUACAAAGAUGUGCAGGAUGAUGGAGAUAACUUUGAGAAUCAACUGAUAUCGAGCAUUGCCAAGUUCAUUCAGAUGGAAGCUCUGGAGUCAUCCUCUGAGAGACUGGUUUCAUCUCCAGAAGGAAGAAUGGUCGUUGUACCAGCUACAAACACUUGUGGUAUUGAUUUGGUUAUCGGAGAUUCUAGCGAGAGUUCAUGUUGCUCUACCUUCGUCACAAACGGAGAAUCAACAAUGCUGCAAUCUAUAGAGCCACUAUAUGAGGAGCAGGAAUCCACCCAGUCAAGCAAUCAGCGAUCAGUCCAAUUUGAGUUGUCUGGACAAGAAAAUAUCAAUUCUGAGGUCAAUCGUCGGCAAGUCCAAUUUGAGCUGCAUGGACUAGAAAAUACCAACUCUGAGGUCAAGGAAGAAUUGGAGGCACUGUUGGGAGCUAAGCAAGCAGGGGUUGCCUACAUAGUUGGUCAUUCUUAUGUGAAGGCCAUGAAGUCGUCAUCGUUCUUGAAAAAGAUAGUCAUUGAUUAUGCCUACUCUUUCCUCCGUAAAAAUUGCAGGGCUCCCACUGCGGCAUUGAAUAUCCCUCACACAAGCCUCAUUGAAGUGGGGAUGAUCUACUAUGUUUAGGAUGUUCUCCGUAUAAAAGUUUAGUAAAAUCCUUACUUUUGGGGAACAAAUUAAUGGAAAAGUUCUCUCAAUGAAAUCUUAGUUGCUGAGACUAAUAUAUUGUGUGGAUAGUUUUUUGUGUUGCUAAUGUAAUUGUAAAAAGUUACUACCUCUUGUGGUUUUGAGUUGUAGAAACUUCUUCGAUGUAGGAUAAGACUGUAUACAAUAGAUCCAAUAUGAUUCAAUUUUUCUUAGGAAUCA